GCAUUCAUAUGGAGUCCAUUACUUCGCAAAAGUGGUUACGUCUCGGAGGCCCUCAUCGAUGUGUCGGACAUAACGCCAACCAUUUUAGACGCAAUCGGCGACAGACACGUGCUUUCAGACGAAACUGAUAUUUACGGCGUCUCACAAUGGAAUACGAUGUCUCAUAAUGGACUACCGGUGCGAUCUGAGAUCAUCCAUAACAUCGAUCCGGUAGAUAAUAUGUCUGCCAUUCGAUGGCACGACUGGAAACUCGUUCUGAGUUCCAGUUAUAAGGGGUGGGAUGUAUGGACUCAGUCAAUACGACAUCCAAAUUAUGAUGUAUUGGAUCAGUCGACGGUGCGGUGCUCUGAUCCUCCCGUUCCUAAUGGUAAACACGGAUGUUUGACGGGUGAGUUGUGUUUAUUUAACCUGAGAGUCGAUCCGUGCGAAUACAAAAAUAUAAUCAAUGAAACCGAUCCCUCAUUCGUGCGAUACGUUUGGCACAAAUUGGUUGAGUUUAACGAGACGUCAGUACCCGCCUUAUCACGGGUGCCAUUGGAUAAGCGAGCACAUCCUCGGUUUCAUAAUAACACCUGGACCAAUUGGUUGGACGAUGACUUGGACUAUCAAUUAUAUAGGGAUUACAAACACGACAAAGAUGAAUUUUAA